AUGGUGAAGACGCUUCACGCUGUGCAAUAUUUCGCAUUUCUGGUCAGCCAAAUCUCAAACUGGACUCUAUUGUAUUUGAUUGUGAAAAAGUCGUCAUCAAGAAUCGGAUCAUAUAAGAAUUUGAUGCUCGCAUUUUCAAUCUACUCCAUUGCAUAUUCCUUAUUAGAAGUGAUGGUGCAACCGAUUUUUCAUAAUACUAAAUCCAGCAGCACAUUAAUGAUUGGAGAUUUGCUGAAUGUCAGUCAGACAAUCGGAAGUCAUCUAAUAAGUAAGUUUUUUCAUUGUGGAUGCUCGUCGAGACACAAAUCCGCUCUACAAGUUUCUCGAUAUUCGCUAUACGACCCAAAUCCAGGUUACCGUAGCCAUUUCGUUUUUCGCUACAUCGCAAUUUGCAAAAGCAAUUAUCUGCACCACAUUUCGGGCUUCAAUCUGUACAAAAUAUUUCUCCCACCGCUAAUUUUGUUCAUUACAUGGUUUUCGGUUAUUUACAUCAGCUUCUGGCCGUCUGAAAUCAAAUCAGCCUAUUUGUACAAUGAGUUAAUGGAACAUUAUAAUGUGGAUAGCUACCAAAUCGGGCAUAUCUGUGAGCUAUACUUUUACUAUACGAAGGAAGGCGAGCUUGUCAUCAGUUGGAUGGACUAUUUCGGGGGAAUAUUCGCGAUUUUAAUUAUUAGCAUUUGCGUUAUUGUAAUCCUAAUCUGCGGUUUUAAAACCUAUUCGAAAAUGCAGAGCUAUACAGAAAAGAGCAAAAAAACAAAGGAUUUGAAUAAUCAAUUAUUUCGGGCUUUGAUAUUACAGACAAUUGUGCCAGCUAUAAUGAUGUUCGCCCCAGUGGGUGCCGUCAUUUCUCUACCAAUGAGCGGUGUCAAUGUUGGCAAAAACGCGAAUCUUGCGACUCUCACCAUCGGCUUCUAUCCAGCUCUUGAUGCGAUAAUUGUCAUUUGUGUAAUAAAAGACUAUCGCCAAACGAUUUUGGGUGGCAAUAAGGCACGAGUAUCGACUACAAUUCCGUCAUCGAAUUCGAAUAUGUAA